UUAGACCGCGGGGAGGUUGUGUUAGGCAAAUCUAAAGACUGCAGGGUGAUAGAGAGCCCAGGGAAGGAGUUUGACACCUUUAUGUCACUCACAGAGGAGAUGGUUAAUGAUGGGGCAAGAAAGUGAGUUUGUGUAACCAGUAAACAGUUAAUAAACUUUAAAAUGUAUUUUAUGGAGAAGUUGGGUUGGGUUAACUUUAGGAACUUUAAACCCCAAGUCUGGUACCAUGAUGACUGAAAGUCCUUGAAGUGAUUAAAAAUGGAAAUAUGAACAAGGUCACUCGCGUGAAGAUAAAAUAAACUAUGUGAAGGGUUGAUACUUUCAACGGCCCAACAAGUUACAGAAUGAUGCUGAGAUUGCCUUGAACGAAAAUGUACAAACACUUCACUUUUGUGCCUCAUUAAUGGUGGGACUAUUUUCUGUUUUACCAAAGCCAAGUUGGAAAUAUUUGAGUAAAAUAUGUUAAAUAUUUAAUUAUUGAAAUCUGUAUUGGUGUCAGGUGACACAUUUGAUUAUCACAAUCAGUUCAAACCUCCUCUGAUAAGUCUUGGCACCAUGGUCAGCUAAUCUAAGAGCUUGAUGUUUGUGUGCGUAAAAGAAGAGAUAAAGCAGAGAACCCUGCAGUCGGAGAGUGAAAGCGGUUAAAAGUGAGAGUACCGGGAGAUUGAGGUGGGUGGGGUGGAUGUGUUUCUCCUCCUUAACACGCAUGGCUGAGGUCGUUUAUGUAAAUGCGUGAAUUUAAUUUUCAAAAGGACAGCCCUUUUCUUUGCCCAAUGAAAAUGAACCGCGGCUGACACCUGGCUAUAAACCCAGGAAGGAACCCAAAGUCCUGAUCAGAAAUCUGCUGAAAAAACUCCAGAGAGGCGCAGCAGGCAGACCAGAGGAGACACGAUGACUUCCAGUAAGAUCGAGAUCCCCGGAGAGGUGAAGAGCGACCCCGCUGCUCUCAUGGCAUCCCUCCAGCUGAUGCCCUCCCCGGUGCCCAACCCGGAGAUCAAGUACACCAAGAUUUUCAUCAACAACGAGUGGCAGGACUCUGUAAGUGGGAAGGUCUUUCCUACUUACAACCCAGCUACUGGGGAGCAGCUCUGUGAAGUCCAGGAAGCAGACAAGGCCGAUGUUGAUAAAGCGGUGCAGGCAGCUCGCCUGGCCUUUUCUCUGGGCUCCGUGUGGCGAAGGAUGGACGCGUCUGAGAGGGGCCGCUUGCUGUCCAAACUGGCUGACCUGGUGGAGAGAGACAGUGUCUACCUAGCUACCAUUGAGUCACUGAACAGUGGGAAGCCUUUCCUGCCCACCCUGUUUGUGGACCUCCAAGGAACCAUAAAGACACUGAGGUACUUUGCUGGAUAUGCAGACAAGGUCCACGGCAGCUCCAUUCCUAUGGAUGGAGAGUAUCUGACAUUUACCAGAUAUGAGCCCAUUGGAGUUUGUGGACAAAUUAUCCCUUGGAACUUCCCUCUGAUGAUGACAGCAUGGAAGCUGGGUCCAGCGAUAGCAUGUGGAAACACUGUUGUCCUAAAACCUGCUGAGCAGACUCCACUCACCUGCCUCUACAUUGCAGCGCUGGUCAAAGAGGCCGGCUUUCCACCGGGAGUCAUCAAUAUUUUGCCAGGAUUCGGGCCAACGGCAGGAGCUGCGAUGGCUUCGCACAUGGGCAUUGACAAAGUGGCGUUCACAGGAUCAACUGAGGUACAUUUGUCUUCUGAAAUGGUUCAACAGCUGGUUACUUCUGGCUUUUGUUAGCAAGUGACACAGUGACCAACAUGU